AUGGACUUCAUCACACCGUACAAUAUCAAUCCGGAUGAAGGCAACCUUGGUGCCAAGAUUGAUUUCGUAUUCUUUGGCCUCGGUAUCAUUGCCUCAAUUUUUGUGUUCCUCUGUGUUCUUGAAACGAAGGCUCUGAAGUUUGACGAAGUAAGUAAAUUUACGGCUACAAUUAUGUCCAAUCCUCGAAAAUUCCAGGAGGCUAUUGCAGAGUACCGUUCUCGUGGUCAGAGCGUGAACAAGAAUUUUGCUCCUAAAUUCAUCAGCUGUGAGAACGCACGAGAGAGAAUUAUUUUUGAGUAA